UGCUUAUUCUUUCAGUUCUGUCAGUCGAAGAAAAGCGUUUAAACUUAUUACGUGAAAGUCCGGAAAAAGUUCGUACGUCAUGUCACAAAGACGACAUAACACGCAAAUUCUGUUGUGUGUUUUCUUCACAAGUUUAUUUCUCGAGUUGAUUGAUUUAGGUCAGGGAUUACAAUGUUACAAUUACAUAUGUAAUCCAAAAAUUCAUAAUAAUUGUGCCAAACCCACCUCAAAGAAACUCGAGGAUUGUAAUCCGACAAAUACAAUAUCAUAUAAAAUGACAAAUUCAAUGACAAAUUCAAUGACAAAUUCAAUGACAAAUUCAAUGAUAAAUUCAAUGACAAAUUCAAUGACAGAUAACUCUACAUUUGAGGCCAAUAUGACUGAUUCUAAUAGUACAGUUUUUUGCUAUACCGGACAUUUUGUAUAUCUAGAUGGAAGUGAAUAUAAAGAGACAAUAGAACGAGCAUGCAUUUCCUUUGUGUUCUAUUGUAACGAUAUGUUAUGUUUACUUCCACAUAAAAUAAAAACUUGCGAAGUAAACUUCUGUCAAAGUAACCAAUGCAAUUCUUCGGGUAUGGUAAAGAUGGGAAUGAUAUCACUACUUUUACCAUUAAUCACAAUUUUAUUACGUAUAAGAUAGAGAAGACGUAUCUAUUACCAUAAUUAAUUAUGAUUAUUACCAUAUUAAUUAUGAUCAUAAUUUCAGACAAAUAAGAAAAGCUUUUAUGUAUUCCGACUUUAUCAAACAACUUCUGUGAAAUUUCAAAUUGUACAUUCAGGAUGAUAUGACGGAGAUUUGAGACUAAUUCGAACGUUUCAACAAAGUGAAAAAUUUUCUCUGUACGUUUAAGAACGAUAGACCCAUUUGCGCGAUCACGGUACAAUGACCAUUUACCGAGGGGUAUCGUAUAUUCUUCAUGGUACAGCAAUUACGAUACCAACACGGAACAGUUAUACGUCGUGUAUACUUCUUAUUGUAUAAGUAUAUCAACUUAAAAAUGUCGUGUUUCUAAACCUGAAUUAGAAACAAAUCUGUUAGCACGUCUUUCAUAAAUAUAGGCACAUUUCGAAAAUUAAAAUAAAAACCAGUAAAUAAAAUAAAUUCUAUAUUUGUUAA